CUGUGACCGGAAGCGCGGGCAGCCUUUGGGGUUUCCCUGCUGCUCUGCUCGCUGUGGGACUCCGGAGAGUUGCCCUUGCAGUCAGAGAAGGGAGGAUUACCCGUGGAAGUGGAUAAGCCCAACUAAGAUGGAAAUCACUGGACAUGGAUAGCUUUCUAUCUUUCUUUACUAUCUGUGUAUGGGAACUGCUGAGUCACGGCCUGAACCUCUGAUUGAUCACCUGAGAUCAGUCACUUUUGCAGUGUGUUAUACUGUAAUUUCUAACCUGAAGAAAUCAGAACCAAACGGGCAAUGGCAACGUUUCAAAAAUUUGUUUUACAUUUUCCAAGCCUGGAGGAGCUUGCUGGAGUUUUGCAGAAAGGACUUAAGGAAAACUUUGCUGAUGCCCAAGUCUCUGUUGUAGACUGUCCUGAUCUGACUCAGGAGCCUUUCAAUUUUCCUGCUAAAGGACUGUGUGGAAAGCCUAGAAUAACAGAAGUGGGAGGUGUUCCAUACCUCGUACCACUUGCACAGACAGACAAAGUUUAUGAUCUAAAUACUGUUGCAAAAGACAUAGAGCUUCCUGGAGCUUUUUUUCUUGGAGCUGGGGCUGUUUCAUCUAGAGCUGUUGGUGUAAAUGCUGAGUUUAUCCCUAUUGCGCUAACUAAGAAUGGAAAACAGCCUGCUGUAAAUGGGAGCUACCUUGCUCGGAUAAAUCCUGCAGAUAAACGAUGCCUUCUGGAAAAGUACAACAGUAAAUACUCGGACUAUGAAUUUGGGCUGAUGGGCAACCUUUAUGCCAGCGAGGGCCAACCUGGUAAGGUUCUUGAAGUGAAAGCCAAUGGAAGAACUGGGGAGCUUAACUUUGUGUCUUGUAUAAGACGAACUUUAGAGAAACACUAUGGAGAAAAGACAGUUGGGAUGGGUGGUACAUUUAUCAUUCAGAAGGGAAAAGCAAAAAUUCACAUUAUGCCUGCAGAAUUUUCUACCUGUCCUCUGAACACUGAUGAGGAUUUGAAUAACUGGCUCAACUUCUUUGAAAUGAACGCUCCGCUGAUUUGUCAGCCAGUAUUUGUUUCAAGAGAUCCAGGCUGCGACCUGCGCCUGGAGCACACGCACUGCUUCAGCCAUCACGGCGAGGGCGGCCAUUACCACACGGACACCACGCCGGAUGUGGUGCAGUACCUCGCCUACUUGGCGCCCGCCGAGCUGCUCUUCCGCAUCGACCGGCCCAAGGAAACGCACAACGUGGGGCGGGAGUGAGCUGCCGGGAGGGGAGCUGAGCUUUUGCCUGAGUAAAACCGCUGAUUUUUGUAACUGUUAAUUAUGCCAGUGAUCAAAGCCAAGAGCAAACAUGCCAAGCAAUAAACUGCCAGCUUUUCGCGUCAAUGGGGAAAACGGGAGUUGUAACUGAAGGGGCUAUGGCUGAAUUCACACAGAAUCACAGAAUCACCCGGGUUGGAAGGGACCUCAAGGAUCAUGUAGUUCCAAUUUCAGUAAAACAUUACUAAUGCUGCACUCUGA